CUGCGGCGAUGGAGUCAGCGGCCGUGAGGCGGCACCGCGGCGCGGCGGAGCACCGGGAGGGACAGGCGGCCGAGCCUCGGCGGGAGAGGGGGGCCUCGGCGCCCGAGGACUCGCGGGGCGACGGGAGGACGCGGAAGAGGAGGGAGAGCGAGGGCGCGAGCCGGGGCGCGGGGAUCGCGCUGUCCGAGGCGCGCACGGUGCUGGCGUUCGCGCUCUACCUGCUCGCGCUGCGGGCGCUCGUGCAGCUCUCGCUGCAGCGGCUGUUGCUGAGCCGGACGGCGGGGCUCCAGGGCGAGUUCGAUGCGCGCCAGGCCAGGGAUUAUCUGGAACACAUAACGGCCAUUGGCCCCAGGACUACAGGAAGUGCAGAAAAUGAAAUUCUGACGGUACAAUACCUUUUGGAGCAGAUCACACUGAUAGAAGGUCAAAGCAACAGCCUUCACAGCAUUUCAGUAGAUAUACAACAUCCUACAGGCUCCUUUAGCAUUGACUUCUUGGGGGGUUUCACAAGCUACUAUGACAACAUUACUAAUGUUGUGGUAAAGCUGGAGCCCCGAGGUGGAGCCAAGCAUGCUGUACUGUCUAACUGUCACUUUGACUCAGUGGCAAAUUCACCAGGUGCCAGUGACGACGCAGUUAGCUGUGCGGUGAUGCUCGAAGUUCUCCGAGUCAUGGCAGCGUCUUCAGAGCCCCUACAGCAUGCCGUGGUGUUCCUCUUCAAUGGUGCAGAGGAAAAUGUCUUGCAAGCCAGCCAUGGUUUUAUUACCCAGCAUCCCUGGGCCCGUUCCAUUCGUGCAUUUAUUAACCUAGAGGCAGCAGGUGUAGGAGGGAAAGAACUUGUGUUCCAAACAGGCCCUGAAAAUCCUUGGUUGGUCCAGGCUUAUGUUUCGGCAGCUAAACACCCUUUUGCUUCUGUGGUGGCUCAGGAGGUUUUUCAGAGUGGAAUCAUUCCUUCCGAUACCGACUUCCGAAUCUAUAGGGAUUUUGGGAACAUUCCAGGAAUAGACUUAGCUUUUAUUGAAAAUGGAUACAUAUAUCACACCAAGUAUGACACAGCGGACAGGAUUCUCCUAGAUUCCAUUCAGAGAGCAGGUGACAACAUUUUAGCAGUUCUUAAGUACCUAGCUACGUCUGACAUGCUGGCUUCUUCAUCUGAGUAUCGACAUGGGAACAUGGUCUUCUUUGACGUGCUCGGCCUGCUUGUCGUUGCGUACCCUUCUCGUGUUGGCUCAAUCAUAAACUACAUGGUAGUCAUGGCUGUUGUUCUGUACCUGGGGAAAAAACUGCUCCGGCCCAAACACAGGAGUGCUAACUACAUGAGAGACUUCUUGUGUGGACUUGGUAUCACUUUUAUUAGCUGGUUCACUAGCCUUGUUACAGUUCUCAUUAUAGCAGUGUUCGUCUCUCUCAUUGGACAGUCUCUGUCAUGGUAUAACCACUUUUAUGUCGCCGUUUGCCUGUAUGGAACUGCAACAGUGGCCAAAAUAAUCCUCAUACAUACUCUUGCCAAAAGAUUUUAUUAUGUGAAUGCCAGCAACCUGUAUCUGGGAGAAGUGUUUUUUGACACCUCAUUGUUUGUGCAUUGUGGCUUUCUUGUUACUUUGACUUACCAAGGAUUUUGCUCUGCAUUCAUGAGUGCUGUCUGGGUAGCGUUUCCACUGCUCACAAAGCUGUGGGUGUAUAAGGACUUCAAGAAGCACGGUGCCCAAGGAAGAUUUAUUACUCUUUACUUUUUGGGGAUGUUUAUCCCAUAUCUUUAUGGACUGUAUCUCAUCUGGGCUGUAUUUGAGAUGUUUACUCCUAUCCUUGGAAGAAGCGGUUCAGAAAUCCCUCCUGAUGUUGUGUUGGCCUCCAUUUUGGCUGUCUGUGUGAUGAUUCUCUCCUCCUAUUUUAUUAACUUCAUCUACCUUGUGAAUAGCACAAAGAAAACCAUUCUGACUCUAACACUGGUAUGUGCUGUCACGCUCUUUCUCGUCUGCAGUGGAGCCUUUUUCCCAUACAGCUCCAAUUCCUCGAGUCCAAAACCAAAGAGAGUGUUCCUUCAGCACAUGAGUAGAACUUUUCAUAACUUGGAAGGAAACGUAGUAAAAAGAGACUCUGGAAUAUGGAUCAAUGGGUUUGAUUAUACUGGAAUGUCUCAUGUAACACCUCACAUUCCUGAGAUCAAUGAUACCAUCCGAGCUCACUGUGAGGAGAAUGCCCCACUCUGUGGCUUCCCUUGGUAUCUUCCAGUACACUUUCUGAUCAGGAAAAAUUGGUAUCUGCCAGCUCCAGAAAUUUCUCCAAGAAAUCCUGCUCAUUUCAGACUUCUAUCUAAAGAGAAGACACCAUGGGAGUCUAUAAAGCUGACCUUUGAAGCAACAGGACCAAGCCAUAUGUCUUUCUACGUUCGAAGCCACAAAGGAGCAAAGCUUUCGCAGUGGUCUCUUGGCAACGGCACUCCAGUCACAAGCAGAGGAGGGGACUACUUUGUGUUUUACUCCCAUGGACUCCAGGCCUCUGCAUGGCAGUUCUGGAUAGAAGUGCAGGUCUCAGAAGAACAGCCGGAAGGAAUGGUCACUGUGGCCAUUGCCGCUCACUACCUAUCUGGGGAGGACAAGACAUCUUCUCAGCUGGAUGCCCUGAAGGAGAAGUUCCCGGAUUGGUCAUUUCCCUCUGCGUGGGUUUGCACCUAUAGUCUCUUUGUGUUUUAAUCUGUGGAUGAGCUUUGAGGACAUGCCCCUUGGACAGUCCACAGGGCAGUUUCUCUCCCAUGGUCCAUGGAUGUUUGUAACACAAGUCAAUGAAUUUUAAUGAGCAUACGUUCAAAGAGUUUUUGGGCUAACACUCUUCAGGGCCAAGUGUACCGUAUGGGUAAACUUUGGGAUAGUGAUGGCUGGCCUUCAGAAAAUUCAUUUUCUGGCACUUAAGCACACGUAGAUACUGCCAUUCAUACAUGUCAUUUAUAUGACUAUAAGGACUCAGAAACAUACCACUUCAGUAGCUUUUCUUUGAGGAUCAAGAAAGACGUAGACUCUUAGGCCACUGUUAAUGAACUAGGUGAGUCCACCUGAUGUCAGUGGGUGGCGGGCAAAAUACCAUUCAGUGGAGUAGUGCCUCUCCGUGCGCCACUGUAAAGUAAAUGCCGUGAAGAUGGAAGCGGUGCAGCACCUUAGGGGCCCUGAGAGCAGCCGUAAGGGUGUUAGUCUGUUCUGCCACCUAAAUGCUGGUGCAGGGCCCUGGGCCUGACUCCUUGUCAUGGAAGCUGCUGCUUUCCUGAGGUAGUACUGUGUCUGUUUUCCCCUUGAAUGUGUUCCUGUCAUUUACCUGGGGAAGAGAACAUGUCUUCAGCUACAUUUCCUUCUUAUGUUGCAUGGAUUGUGCAAGCACAGGACCUAAAUUUCUUUCCCAGAGCACUGAGUUGACAGCAUUCUGAGGUGGAAGAGGAAGAGGGUUAGGAGUAUUGGGCAUUUAUACUAUCUAUUCUCUUUGUUAUAUAGGAAUCCUGUUAUACAAAGUUAGUCCUUUAGAACAUAAUUUUAUUGCUGCACUGGGUUUUCUGUUUUUUUUUUUAGCAGGUGAGUAAGUUCUUAGAGUGAGACCAGCUGUUCUGACAUGAGCUUGUGGCUUACGAAAGACUGAGACAACUGUACUGUAUCUGUUACUGUUCAGACCCUGCAUACAGGCAGCAGUAAGACUUAUGGUGCUUUUCAUUUGAAGACGGGGAUGGAGCUUGUGACGUAUGUCAUGGCAGUGCCUCUUGCAGCUUCUCCAGGUUCCAGCAGAGACAAACAUAAUGAGAAAAGCAGCAACUUAUGCUAAUUUCCUUUUUACAGUAAUAAAUGUAAAAAGGCAAACUCUGAGUUAGCCAACAAGCACGACCCAAAAUAUAGUUGAAAGAAAAGCCAUAGUAAAGCAAAAACAGAACAAAAUACUUGUCAGGUGGGAACAGGAACGGGUCAGAACCAUGUGAGCUUCAGCGAGUCAAGUGUGGACUGCAGGAGAAACCUUAAAACUGCUUGUGUGAUACUUGUCAGUUUCUUAAUCAUGUUCCUUGUACUGCCUGCCUCAUCUCUAACUUGGCCCGUGCAGAUGUGGGGCUGCAGCAAGCUGACGCUAACACGCUGACCGUCACAGGUACCGACACUGUGCAGUGGAGUCACUUUUUUGCUGGACUUAGAGAGAUCUUAUCAGUGCUUCAGGUGUCUGGCUUCUGCUAUGCGCACAUUAUCUGUCAGGGAUUACUUAAAGGUUUGAGGGUUAUAUAUAGCUUGUACAGAACCACAGCUGAGGAAAAUAACAAUACCAAUAGCUCAAUGAAUUCCAAAAUACAGGAUUAUGUUUUGUACCUGGGUUAAUCUGAAUUUGAUCACUAGAAAUUAUGGGGGAAGGUAGCAAAAUGUCAUUCUGAGGUAGCACAUAAAAAAACAAGAUGUUCUCUGAUAUCGUUUCUUUUGGCCGGAUGCCAUUUUAGUGUAAUUAAUCAUGGUUUUCUGUUUAUCUUUGGGUUAUUUCUCUAUGCAAAUAAUUUUGAUUUUCUUUAACAUUAUUAUGCAUCAGUAACAAGAUGCUCAGUUAGUUUCAGGGCACGCUUAAGGGCCAGAAAUGGUCAAGUAAUUACACACAGUAUUCAUGGCUUUUAUUAAGCACACAUCUGUAGUUAUCAGUAUCCCAUCCCCUUUUAAAAAUUAUCUGAUGACUUGUAUAAUUCACUUCUAAAAAGAUAUUUUCAAGGUCUCAGUGAUGCAUUUUCCCCCUAAUGAGUGUGAAUAUAAGCAGCACAUUAGGGAGAAGUAUAAAGAAUUGUGAUUUCACAGUUCUUAGUUUUUAAGAAAGAUUGUUCUAUGAAGUGUUUCUACAGUUUUGUAGCUAUAAUUAAAUGUCUAGGAUUCUGCCCCAAGGUUUAACUCUGAAGGAGGUUGGGCCACAAGCCAGCCUACACGACUCAGGAAGCCACUGAAGAACAUGUUUGUCCAUCUUUUUCUCACUGUUUUGCUGACUUGUUGAGGGUUAACUGUUGCCUUACAAUGUUACUAAAAUAAACUUUUUAACAUACUGGUUGUAAAAAGUG